AUGCUUAUCUUGGCAUCAUUUGAUCGCUACUGUUCCAGUUCAAAGUCACAAGGACUCAAUGUAAUCAGCAAUAAACGAAUAGCACAGCUAAGAAUCGUUAUAAGCAUCGUGACUGCUACAAUUUACAUGUCGCCAAUGACGUUCAUCUUUUAUUUCGACACAACAACUAGUACAUGUCGGCAAUAUUCCAGUUUACCAGUGAAAAUCUAUGUGCUUAGUCAGGUGGUAAUAUAUUAUAUGCUCGGUCCGUUACUACUAGUUGUACUUGGAGUCCUUACUAUCAUUAACAUUCGUUGGCAUGGUAGUGUUCGAGUAGCACCGCGAAAUCCUCGGUUAUCCGGUCGGCGAACUGAAGGACAACUAGUUCGUAUGUUGCUUCUACAAGUCUGUUGUCAUCUGAUCCUAACCACUCCAUUCGGUGUUGUCUAUUCUUUGAACGCAUUCAAUCCGUCAACUCGUACACCAAACAUCGUCGUACAUUCACCUCUCCUCAUCAAUUAUGACCGACUGCAUUAUUACAUCGAAGGGAAGUCAACAUGCAUUCCACCCGAGAAUGACUCUAACGUCAAACAAAUAUUUCUCAACGUUAGUUAUUUUUCAAAUGAACACCAAACCGAUGCACAAUGUACUCGUAUUGGUAUAAUUUAUAAUGUCAGCUUGGUUGGUCAAACAGUUUCGCAAAUGAAUGUAACAUCGUGUGAUGAAUGUCUCUGCCGACUAGCAAAAAAUAUCACAUUCAUUUCAUUUAAUUGUCAUUUGUUGAGCAGAUCAUGUGAAAUGUUUGGCGCUUACAAUGACACAAUUAGUUAUCAACUGAUUAGCAAUAUCAAUAGUUCGUUUUCUUUUAUUCAACUACCACCAAGCAGUUCAAUAACUACAGCAGUUACUACACCCAUAAAAACAACGACGACGACAACAACAGGUCCCUGUUCAUAUACAGUUGCUGGCCAGUGUAAUUCAACUUCCGGAAGCGAUCGUUUUUCAUUGAAACAACCAAUCGAUAUUUAUCUUACUCGUAAUGAUAGCAUCCUCUAUGUAGCAGAUUUCGGAAAUACUCGUAUUCAACAAUUUCAGCUGUCAUCCAAAAAUGGAACAACGGUUCCAGUAUCUAUUCCCAAUGUUGGCGGUCUUUAUUACGACGAUUAUGCGUCCAUAUUAUAUAUAGCUCAGACUUCUUACGAUAUAGUUUUCAGAUGGCCAUUAAAUAAAACCUUACCGUUGGCUGGAGCAGCAAAGGCAUGCAAUGCAACUGGUGGGUGGUUUGGUGGGCCAUAUGGUAUUGUUGGCGAUGCACAGGGCAAUAUCUAUGUGGCCCAUUCAACUUGUAAUACAGUCGUUAAAUGGGCGGCAAAUGCGACAACGCCUAUUCUCAUUGGUGGAUUAGGUGUAACUGGCAAUACUUCACGGCAUCUCAAUUUCCCUCGACAUAUGUACUUGGACGAGAAGAAUUCUUACAUUUACGUAGCAGAUUCAAACAAUCAUCGAAUUCAACGUUUUUCAACGAAUGGAAAUGGAAACCGUACUGGUGUGACUGUAGCGGGAGGAAAUGGUGCGGGUUCAGGAGCAAAUCAGUUGAAUACACCGGCAGGCGUCUUUGUAUCACAGAAAGAUGGUUCUGUCUAUGUCAGUGAUCGAACUAACCAUCGAAUUCAAAAAUGGUUAACUAAUGCAACGUCUGGUGUGACAGUCGUAGGCAAUAUGAAUGGCACUUCGGGCAACACGACUUUCACUCUUAACCAACCUUAUACAGUGGUUCUUGAUCAAAAUGAAACCUAUAUGUAUAUUGCUGAUUUUUCAAAUAAUCGUAUCCAACGUUACCCAGUUGUCUGA